UAAACCAGUUGGCGGAAGACAGCACCUUUAUCAGCUUGUUGAUUGCUUGCAGUUCCAAGUGAAGAUGGGUGUCCUUGCUGUACUAAUCCUGCCACUGCUUGUGGUUGGAAUCAGUGGGAUUGUAUAUAUUUAUCGGACAGUUGUGCACCUGAUGUCAAAAUCUGCUGUUCGGAGCAAAGUGGUAGUGAUCACCGAUGCUCUUUCUGGUGCGGGCAAGGAUGCAGCAGGGGGAGUGCACAAAGAUACCGAGCCGGACAAGGUCCCCCUGCCUUGCAUCCACAGGAUCGUGGGCGAGCAGAUCUCUGCAUUUGCUGGAGCUUCUGCCAGGACUUUUACUCCGAAGCUUGUCCUUCUAGAUCUGUCUGACAUAAACUGCAUCCAAGAUGUAGCUAAAGAAAUCCUGGAUUGCUAUGGAUGUGUGGAUAUACUCAUCAACAAUGCUAGCAUGAAAGUGAAGGGCACAGUGCAGAAUAUCUCACUGGAACUUGACAAAAAGAUUAUGGACGCCAACUAUUUUGGGCCUAUAACACUCACCAAAGCUCUUAUUCCCAACAUGAUCUCCAGGAGAACUGGUCAAGUUGUGCUACUCAACAACAUCCAGGGGAAAUUAGGAGUGCCUUUCCGUGCAGCCUAUGCUGCUUCAAAGCAUGCUGCCCUGGGCUUCUUCGACUGCUUAAGGGCAGAACUGCAAGAAUUUGGCGUUUGUGUCAGUACUGUGACCCCAAGUUUCAUAUGUUCAUACCAUGUGCAGCCACAGCCUAGCAACUGGGAGGCCUCUGUGUGGAAAUUCUUUUCCAGAAAACUGGCUAACGGUGUCCACCCAGUGGAAGUAGCAGAGGAAAUUCUGCGAACAGUGAGCAGGAAGAAACAGGAGGUGUUCCUAGCAAAUCCCAUUGCAAAGGCAGCUGUUUACAUUCGCACCUUUUUUCCAGAGUUGUUCUUCGCUGUUGUAGCUGCUGGAGUGAAAGAAAAACAGAAAAUAGUUGACGACAAAUGAUUCUUCCCAGCUCAUUCCCCUUGGCAGUUGGGUUGCCAGAAGUUCUCUGUGUUAUGAGCUGAUCUGUUGGGGAGGUAAAACCAGG